CCACCUGGGGCUCGAGGGCCGGCUACGGGCCAGGUCUGCCCCCCGCUCGCUGGCGACGACGAUUCGUCGUCCCGCGGGGAGGCGGCACCCCUCCAGGCGCGGGCAGGGAUUGACGCAAUGGCUCAAGGCCGAGCUGUCAUGAAUGGCUACGUCAUGCACAUGGCCGAGGAGGACAUCAUGGGCGAGGGGACUUAUAGCAUCUGCCGCAGAGGCACCAUGUUGAAGACCAACGAGCUCGUGGCGAUAAAGGUUUACAAGACGAAGGAGAAGUCAAAGCCCGGCCAGGAAGAGGUCCUUCUCACCAGAUUCAGGCGCCAGAUCGGGGUGCUCCAGGAGAGCUCAUGGCUCCACUGGAGAAGCCCGCCGACAAAAGCCUGUGGAGUGAACAGCUGGCGCUGGCAGGUUCGCAGAGGCUGUUCAUGCAGCUCCUCGACUACUCGAAGGAGAUUCGUGUGGCCAGCCGGGCCCAGACGUGUCCGACGGGGUCAUGUAUGUGAUCACGGAGAUGGCCGAGUUGCAGCCUGGAGGACUACAUCAGGGAGCGGCGCGAGAGCCGCAGGAUGA